GUGAGAGAACAGGAAAACAAUCCCCAGAGUUCUCUCUCAAGCCAAGAGAAUGCAGAAAAACUACAAGAUGAAAUGCAGCUGAUUCACCUUUGCCAAAAAAAAGAGGUAGACAUUGCACCAAAGGAAGAGAUUAUGAGGUCUCCAAAAAAUGACCUAGUUGAUAACAGUGUCUCUUGUGUUCAGCUUAUUGUCUGAUUUGAAAGGAGUGAGGAGCUUUGUCAAAGGUGUCAACAAUGGCCAGCAGGGGGCACCAGAACAUCCACCUGUGCAAAUCCUGCUCUACUGUGUGGACCACAUCACUUUUCCAAAAGUCAAGAUCUCAGAUAGCCAGCUUGAGUGGAGAUUACAGCCAAAUAGAAUGGCUUGCUCCCGAAGAUUUUGACAUUCAGAGGCCUGGAUGGUUAGGACAUCAACAUAUGAAUUUGCUGCUGGGCACAACUCAACCAGUGAUGUUCCAUGAAAGAAACUACCGAAAAGGAAAAAGACCAAAGCAAGAUUUCUAAGUGGUGGGAUUUAGAAAGAAGGGAAGAGAUGUACCUUAGGACAUUAGCUACAAGCUUGACCGCUCUGCACUGGGCCUGUGCAAAAGGCCACCAAGACAUGGUAGCUUUCCUCAUAAGCCAAAGAUGUCUACUUGAUCCGCAAGAUAAAAGGGCUGCAACACCGCUGAUAAAGGCUGUACAGUGUCCCGCUGAGAACUGUGCUACACUCUUACUGGAUCAUGGGGCUGAUCCAAAUAUUGAGGAUGAAAUUGGCAACACUGCUCUCCACUAUGUGGCCUACGGAGAAAAUAUAAGAAUAGCCGAAAAGCUGCUUUCCAGCAAUGCAGAUAUCGAAAAGAAAAAUAAGACUGGCCUCACACCACUGUUAGUGGCUAUUCAACAAAACCAAGAAACUAUGGUUAAAUUUUUAAUAUUACAGAAUGCAGAUGUUUUUGCAGUUGAUAAUCUAAACAGAACAUCCCUCAUGUUUGCGGGACGGUAUAGUACGGAAAACAUAGUACACAUGCUUCUUGAACUAGGGGUUGAUGUGCUUUCUGAAGACAUUGCUGGACAUUCUGCUAGGGAUUAUGCUCUUCAAAAACGUAAUAUGCAAAAUUACCAACUCAUUUCGUUGUUUCAAGAAAAUGCUGUACUUGAGAAGAUUGUAAAUACAAAUCCAGAUGAUGAGCAUUCUAAAGAAUAUAGAAAAAGGCUUUUGGAAAUACCUGAUGUUAAUCAUGAACUGCUUAUAUCAUAUGAGGAAGGCCUCAAUCAUUUGCCAAGGUAAAAUGCUCUAUUAUGG